GUCCUGCACUCACACACAUGUUGAUCAUUCAGCUAAUUUGGCAGGAAGUCUACAAAUUGAGCCAGUUCCAUUGUGCUCUGGAUCAUUCAGUCAUGGUGACUCAUCUCUACCUAGGUGUGAUAAUCUCGGCUGUUUUUACAACAGCUCUUGCUAAUACAGGUAUCAAAGUAGUCUGUGCAAAAGACUCUGUAAGAAUCACAUGGAGGAUCAGUGCCGAGUUGGUGCCUCAUGCAGCUCGUCUCUUCCUUGGAAACUGUAUGCCUUCUAAGUUUGAUGUUCUGCCCACUGGAGAGGGAGAAGCACAGUUCAACUACCAGUUUUCUGAAUGCAAAUUUAAUAGACUGAUGAAAGGAAAGCGUCUCCUCUAUCAAAAUGAACUGACUUACAGGCCACAUGCAAGGCCCAAGCCAGCAGCUUUUGUGUAUCCUAUUGAAUGCAGUUAUAAAAGACCUGAGGGGUGGACCCCCCCUUUUUUGAACCCCGGAUCAGGUGUUUCUGAAGGUCGAGGCAGGCUGGUCUUUCACAUGGCACUCCUCAAUGAGCACUUAACAGGUGUGGCAAAGACAAAUGUCAUCCCCCUGGGCUCCUUCAUGCCAAUAUGGGCAGCAGUGGAGCAGAAGUCCCAUCAACCCUUGCUGCUGUUCAUGGAGGAAUGUGUGGCAGCCACUACACCACAGCUGCAGCCUGGCAGCCAAGUUUACCCCAUCAUUAGCAAUAAGGGGUGCCUUUUGGAAAGCGUGAGGGGAAACUCUGUGUUCCUCCCUCGGUACCACUCGUCUGCAGUCAUCCUUUACCUACAGUCCUUCAAGCUUGGUCUGGGAGAGGUGUACAUUCACUGUAACCUGGUUGCAUGGGAUCCUGAGGUUCUUGAUGAAAGUAAGAAGGCCUGCCAUUAUGUAAAGGAAAAUGGAAGGUGGGAACUACUUGACGACCCCUUUCAGAGCUCCCUCUGUAGCUGCUGUGAAUCAACCUGCAAGUCCCGUACCAGAAGAGAAGUCGAAUUGGAAUCCCACCGCUUUAGUCACAAAUCUGUGUUGGGUCCCCUGAUCAUCGUGGAUUCGUCUCACUCAAAGGCAGCGACCUCCCACAUGAGUUGAGCUGUUAAGUUUGAAGUCUUAGCCCUGAAGUUGGAGGUUGUGUUAAUCAGGACACAAGGACUUAAAUUCUCAAUAUUUGAACAGGAAAGUCCAUUCUGAACUGAUGGAGACUCUCACUGUGCAAAACCAGAAGACCUCAACCUCCUGAUCUACAAGAUGUUGACAUCAGCUUUACAUGAUCUCAACUUAAAUUGUUUGAAGAUUAAUUUGAAGCUGCAGUGGUAACUGCCCAGUCUGCACCUCUGUACAAAUAAAUCUGGCACAAACUUUUACUGUUUUAUUGCAUUUGUUAUUUAGUUCUCCAUAAAAUUGUCACAGGUCCAGAGAAUGACCUGCAAUAAAAUACAAGUAUCCAGACUUUA